AUGAGCCGGGCUAAUGACAGCUCUGCCACUGGCUUCGUCCUCCUGGGCUUCUCAGACCACCCCGGCCUGGAGCCAGUGCUCUUCACGCUUGUGCUCCUGUGCUACCUCCUGACCCUGUCGGGGAACAUCACCAUUAUCGUGGUCUCACAGCUGGAGCCCUCCCUGCACACCCCCAUGUACUUCUUCCUCAGCAACCUGUCCUUCUUGGACCUCUGCUUCACCAGCAGCCUGGCCCCGCAGACCUUGGUUAACCUGCGGGGACCGGAGAAGACCAUCACAUAUGGUGGCUGCGUGGUGCAGCUCUACACUUCCCUGGCUCUAGGCUCCACUGAGUGCAUCCUGCUGGCCGUCAUGGCCCUGGAUCGCUAUGUGGCCGUAUGCAAACCCCUCCACUACGCUGUCAUCAUGAGCCCCCGGCUCUGCCAGCAGCUGGCUAUGGCCUCCUGGCUCAGCGGUGUGGCCAAUUCCCUGGUCCACGCCACCUUCACCCUGCGGCUGCCUCUCUGCGGUAACCACAGGCUGGAUCACUUCAUUUGCGAGGUCCCUGCACUUCUCAAGCUGGCUUGUGUGGACACUACGGUCAACGAGCUGGUGCUUUUCGUGGUCAGCAUCCUGUUCCUCAUCCUUGCCCCUGCGCUCAUCCUCGUGUCCUAUGGCUUCAUAGCUCAGGCUGUGCUGAGGAUCAAAUCUGCAGAGGCGCAGCUCAAGGCCUUCAGCACCUGCUCCUCCCACCUGACGGUGGUGGUCAUCUUCUACGGCACCGUCAUCUACAUGUACCUGCAGCCCCGGGACAGCUAUGCCCAGGACCAAGGCAAGUUCAUCUCCCUCUUCUACACCAUGGUGACCCCCGCCUUGAAUCCCAUCAUCUACACAUUGAGGAACAAGGACGUGAAAGAAGCUCUGAAGAAACUUCUCUGGAAGAAAAUGGAGCCUCUGUUACAAAGAUAUUUGUAG